UUAUAAAAAACUAGGGCUGGUCGGACUCAAACAAUUUUCAACUUUCACGCCUCCUUCUCCAGGCCCUCCACGCCCUUCAGCCACUUCCCGUCGGCCUCUGCACCCUCCGGCGACCGGAGCCUCAUCCCACCGCGCCCAUCUCCCACAGCGCCACCGCGCCCUCCUCUGCCUUCGGCCCCUUGGCCCUUCCCGUUUGCCUCUGCACUCUCCGGCGAUCAGAGCAUCGUCCAACCGCACCCAUCUCCCUCUGCACCCACCAACGCCGCUGGGCCCUCCCUCUCAACUCCCUUAGCAGUCUGCACAGCAACAGUCGCCACCCUCGACCUCUCCAGCUCUCACAACAGCAGUCGCCACCCUCGUGGGUCCCCUCCCGCCCUCCCGCUCCGACCUCCCUUCUCUCAGGCAACACCGUUUACUUGAAAUUAGAAAAGGACCCCAAUUUCAGGAACCUAAACCUCUGAUAAUUCUCAACCAAGUGUUACACAGACGAUGAAGCCAUCGACCAUGGCGGCCAUGAGGAAACUGUCAAAUAACAUCAUCUUUUCCUCUCACCUUACAAAAUCCAGUUCAAAUAUUGUCUCGCCAUCUUCAGUAAUUCCAGCCCUCUUAGUUUUUAACAGAGGCAUAGCAUCCAAGCUCUUCGUCGGAGGCCUUUCAUUCUACACAACCGAACAGGGAUUGUCUGAGGCAUUUUCUCAACACGGUCAAGUUAUCGAAGCUAAAAUUGUGAUGGACAGAGUAUCAGAUCGAUCAAAGGGCUUUGGAUUUGUUACUUAUGCAUCAGAAGAUGAAGCUGAGAAAGCUAUUGCAGAAAUGGAUGGAAAGGAACUCAAUGGGCGCGUUGUUUUUGUGGACUAUGCAAAGCCGAGGUCACGGGGUUCCCGUGAUUCGAUGCCAAUAGCUAGGGGGCCUCCUGAACCAGCACCACAAAGUUGAUUUCUCGAUCAACGGAUGUGACAAGCUAAAAGCAUCAAACGUAUUCAGAAUUUAUUACGCUAGUCACAUACAUGCCAACUUACCUGGCGUUUCGCAGUUAUGCAAGUUUGUGUGAUUCUCACAUCUACAGAAACUACAAUACAGCAAUAUUGAUGAUUGAGAGCUGAGGUAACUUAGAUUACUAUGUUAUUUGUUUACUUUUCUUAUGUUUUGUUGCUGUUACAGUGAGACUUCCUUUAGUGCUACUCAUUUUGUCAUACAAUUUAUUUAGUUAUAAAAUAAUUAAAUGAUUUUUAGGUUGUGAA